AUGAUCUAUUGCUGGAAAUGUUCAAAAUUUCAACAACAACAACAAAAAUAAAAAAAAACAACCUUGAUGCAGACUUGGGUGAUCGUUAGUCCCAACGUAAGGCRUAAAUUUAAAGUUUUGUGAAUUGGGUUUCCUGUGUAUAUUUUGAAACAAAAGGCCUGGUUCUAUAGUUACAGCCGAGAAAACGCUAACAUCGAACAUGGCGGGAUAUGAAUCGGAAAACCGUUUCAAAAAAUCGUUCAAUAACAAAUACCCAGGGCUUACUCAAGAGACAGAGGGUAGAUGGAAAGGUCCUUUCUGUUUUAUCCAAUCGGCUGAUACACAACUUGGUCUCAUAGACUCUUGGAACGAGGUGGCAGAAGAAGAACAGACCUGGGAUAAAGAAAUUAUUUUAACAAAAAAAGCCAUCGCUGCAGCCAACAUUUUAACGCCUAAACCUCGCUUUUUCAUCGUUUGUGGAGACCUUGUAAAUGCAGUUCCCACCCAUAGGUAUAAUGAUCAGCAAGUGGCUGAUUUUAAGAAGGUUUUCCAAGAGUUAGACCCGGCGAUCCCGCUUAUUUGUGUGUGUGGGAAUCAUGAUGUCGGAGAUUCACCGACCCACAAAUCUGUACAGAAAUACAGAAGUAAUUUUGGCGAUGAUUACUUUACAUUUUGGACUGGAGGAGUCUUCUUCAUUGUCAUAAACUCGCAAUAUUUCAAAGAUGGGAGUCAAGUUGAAGACAUCACAAAGCAACAAGAAGAUUGGCUGGAUGAGCAACUACAACUGGCCAAGACAGUCAAUGCAAAACAUAUUGUUGUGUUUCAACAUAUUCCUUGGUUUUUAAAAAAUGUCGAUGAGGAGGAUGACUACUUCAACAUUAACAAGGAUGUCAGGAAAAAAAUGUUACAAAAACUCAAGAAAGCAGGGGUUAAGUAUGUGUUUGCGGGCCAUUAUCAUCGUAAUGCAGGUGGUAUUUAUGAUGGUGAUGUUGAAAUGGUUGUUACAAGUGCUAUUGGGUUACAGAUUAGUCAUGACAAAGAUUCUGGGAUGAGAAUCGUUAGUGUGUUGGAAGAUAAGAUUUCUCAUGAGUAUUACGAACUGGAUAAAGUUCCUAAAAUGAUUGAUCUGUGAAUCUACAUGAAUAUAUUAAGGGAAUGAGGUGUUUAUCUUGCUGCCACAUACAACCAAGGCACAGAUUGGAUUGGGUAACCCAUUGCAUUGGACACUACAACCCAACAUCAACUUAUACAAACUCUUGUAAGUUGACAGGAACCAAUCCAAAAAAAUGAAAUCUAUAUAUAAUUGUGUAAACAUAGUAUAUAAAAACACAUACAAAAUAUUAGACGAAUUAUCACAGAAAUAAUUAAUUAUAUUAAUGAUCAAGUUUAAAGCAGCAAAAGGUGCUUAAUUUUACCUCACAUUGGCACACCCUUAUCACUAUAUAGUAAGUUAACUCGUUUACAAACUAUUUUCAAUUUCCUCAAUCAAGACAUAGUGCAUGUUUAUAAUUGUGUUGGCAUGAUAACAUCAUAUGCUAAAAAUGAUGAAAAUGAUGUUCAUUAUCAAUUUUGUAAACUUAGUAAUCAUAUACACAUACAUGUAUAACACACAGGAGACAUUCUAUCKAAACUAUUCUAGUUCCCUUUGUUAUAUAAAAUAAUAUAUAAUAAUAAUGUCCAUCAUGUUCCAUGUUCAACUUCCUAYUGUAUGACUCAUAUAACUUGCAAAUCCUGUUGCACAAUUACAUUGUUAUUCCAGAUUAUGUGUUCAAUGGACACAAAAUUCAAAGAAAUAUUAUUCUACUUGUAACUGAAAUUAUGAAAAUAAAAUUCCUGACACCAGA